CCCCACGUUAAACAUCUGGCUUCUACAGGCUUCUAAGUUAAACUAUGUGGCAGACUGUGGAACAGAAUCCAGCUUAUCUCCGUCCCCCCUCAUUUCCUCUCUCUCUCACUGGUGAACGCCCUGCUCUUUGUGAGGCAGUAGUUUAUUCCUUUUACUUUGUCUUGUUGUGAAGCACAUGUUUCCCCCACGUUAAACAUCUGCAGGUGUGCCUCUGCUAUGAGUCAGUGUGAGGACAGAGAGGAGGGAGCCCCUCCCUCAAAAACCACUCUGUGUGGGGACCAUGACAGCCAGACCAAAGCUCAGAGGAUGCAGCAGCAGAAACCUGGACCUGGACCCAGCUGUGUGUCCAUGAAGAGUGACUGGUCUAUGGAUCGUCCUAUUGAUUUUAAAGAUGGACAAGGUGCUGCUGGUGGGAGGAUGCAGCAGCAGAAACCUGGACCUCGACCCAGCUGUGUGUCCAUGAAGAGUGACUGGUCUAUGGAGCCUCCUUAUAACUUUAAAGAUGGACAAGAUGUUGAUGGAAGAAUUCACCAGGAGAGUUCAGAGGGCCUCGGUUGUCAAUCUGCCCAGCGGCAUCAAACAGACCUGGAUUCCAUAUUUAUGCUGCUGGAGGAGAACAUUGUCACCUUUGUGAAGAAUGAACUGAAGAAGAUCCAGAAGGCUCUCAAUCAAGAUUACGCAGAAUUCUUAGAGGGCCAGAAGAAGGGUGAGUGUGUGUUGGACCGCGAGGAUGAAGAGCAGAUUAGGAGCAGCAGAGAAGCAUUUCUGAAGAUCACACUGCACUUCCUGAGGAGAAUGAAGCAGGAGGAGCUGGCUGACUGUCUGCAGAGCAGAGCUUGUGUUGCUGGAUGCCGCCCCAAAUUCAAGUCUAACCUGGAGAAGAAGUUUCUGCGUGUGUUUGAGGGGAUUGCAAAAGCAGGAAACCCAGCCGUUCUGAAUAAGAUGUUUACAGAGAUCUUCAUUAUGGAGGGAGGGGCUGCAGGGGUCAAUGAAGAACAUGAGGUCCGACAGAUUGAAACAGCAUCCAGGAAACCAGACAGACCAGAAACAAUAAUCAGAUGUGAAGACAUCUUUAAAACCCCACCUGGAAGAGAUGAACCAAUCAGAACCGUGAUGACAACGGGAGUGGCCGGCAUCGGGAAAACAGUCUUAACACAGAAGUUCACUCUGGACUGGGCUGAAGGCAAAGCCAACCAGGACGUCCAGUUCACAUUCCCAUUCACCUUCAGAGAGCUGAAUGUGCUGAAAGAGAGAAAGUUCAGCUUGGUGGAACUUGUUGAUCACUUCUUUAGUGAAACCAAAGAAGCAGGAAUCUGCAGGUUUGAAGAGGUCAAGGUUGUCUUCAUCUUUGACGGUCUGGAUGAGUGUCGUCUUCCUCUGGACUUCUUCAACACGGAGGUCCUGACUGAUGUUACAAAGUCCACCUCAGUGGGUGUGCUGCUGACAAACCUCAUCAGGGGGAAUCUGCUUCCCUCUGCUCGCCUCUGGAUAACCACACGACCUGCAGCAGCCAAUCAGAUCCCUCCUGGGUGUGUUGACAUGGUGACUGAGAUCAGAGGGUUCACUGACCCUCAGAAGGAGGAGUACUUCAGGAAGAGAUUCAGAGACGAGGAGCAGGCCAGCAAAAUCAACUUGUACAUUCGGAAAUUACGAAGCCUCCACAUCAUGUGUCACAUCCCAGUCUUCUGCUGGAUCACUGCUACAGUUCUGGAGAAGGUGUUGAAGACCAGAGGGGGAGGAGAGCUGCCCAAGACCCUGACUGAGAUGUACAGCUACUUCCUGGUGGUUCAGUCCAAACUGAAGAACGUCAAAUAUCAUGGGAAAUCUGAAAUAGAUCAACACUGGAGUCCAGAGACCAGGAAGAUGAUUGAGUCUCUGGGAAAACUGGCUUUUGAACAGCUGCAGAAAGGAAACCUGAUCUUCUACGAAUCAGACCUGACAGAGUGUGGCAUCGAUAUCAGCGCAGCAUCAGUGUACUCAGGAGUGUUCACACAGAUCUUUAAAGAGGAGAGUGGACUGUACCAGGACAAGGUGUUCUGCUUUGUCCAUCUGAGUGUUCAGGAGUUCCUGGCUGCUCUUCAUGUCCAUCUGACCUUCACCAACUCUGGAGUCAACCUGCUGGCAGAAGAUAAAUCAACGUCCCAGAAGACUGAAACCAGAGCAGUUGGUUCAUCACAAUUCUACCAGAGUGCUGUUGAAAAGGCCUUACAGAGCCCAAAUGGACACCUGGACUUGUUCCUCCGCUUCCUCCUGGGUCUGUCCCUGCAGACCAAUCAGAGACACAUACAAGGUCUGAUGACCUAUGCUGGAAGUAGCUCACAGACCAAUCAGGAAACAGUUGAGUACAUCAAGAUGAAGAUCAGUGAGAAUCUGUCUGCAGAGAGAAGCAUCAAUCUGUUCCACUGUCUGAAUGAACUGAAUGAUGAUUCUCUAGUGGAGGAGAUCCAACAGUCCCUGAGUUCAGGAAGUCUCUCCACAGAUAAACUGUCUCCUGCUCAGUGGUCAGCUUUGGUCUUCAUCUUACUGUCAUCAAAAGAAGAUCUGGACGUGUUUGACCUGAAGAAAUACUCUGCUUCAGAGGAGGCUCUUCUGAGGCUGCUGCCAGUGGUCAAAGCCUCCAACAAAGCACUGUUGAGGGAGUGUAACCUGGCAGAGAGAAGCUGUGAAGCUGUGUCCUCAGUUCUUUGCUCCCAGUCCUCUAGUCUGAGAGAGCUGGACCUGAGUAACAACAACCUGCGGGAUUUAGGAGUGGAGCUGAUGUCUCCUGGACUGAAGAGUCCACACUGCAGACUGGAAACUCUCAGUCUCUCAGGCUGUAUGAUCUCAGAGGAAGGCUGUUCUUCUCUGGUCUCAGCUCUGAGCUCCAACCCCUCCCAUCUGAGAGAGCUGGACCUGAGCUACAAUCAUCCAGGAGACUCAGGAGUGAAGCUGCUUUCUACUUUACUGGAGAAUCCAGAAAACAGACUGGACACUCUCAGGGUGGACCAUGGUGGACCGCAGAAUAUGAAACCUGGUCUGAGGAAGUAUAUCUGUGAACUGGAACUGGACACAAACACAGUACACAGAGAACUCAAACUGUCUGACAACAACAGGAAGGUGACACGUGUGGAGGAGUGUCAGUCAUAUCCUGAUCAUCCAGACAGAUUUAACUUCUGGCCUCAGCUGCUGUGUAGAGAUGGUCUGACUGGUUGCUGUUACUGGGAGGUCGAGAGGAGAGGAGAGGUUAAUAUAUCAGUGAGUUACGGAGGAAUCAGAAGGAAAGGAAAGAGUAGAGACGGUUUGUUUGGAGAAAAUGAUCAUUCCUGGACUCUGAACUGCUCUGAUGAAGAUGGUUACUCCGUCUUGCACAAUGAGAGAAGAACAGACCUCACUUCCUGUUCUGUCUCUAACAGAGUAGCAGUGUAUGUGGACGUUCCUGCUGGUUCUCUGUCCUUCUACACAGUCUCCUCUGACUCACUGAUCCACCUGUUUUCGGGAAAGUUUGGAAGAGAGCUGACGUCAAAAGACUGUGCAGAUAUAUAUAUAUAUAUAUAUAUAUAUAUAUAUAUAUAGAAAGAUAAAAUAAUACAGUGUUACUGGAAUUAUUGCUAAGCUCCUACAUUGUGUGCGUGCAACUACCAGUAAGUAAUACUGAUGUUGUUAAUCGUUUCUUACCCGUGUCUUAGUGUUUAUUGCACGGCAAUAAUGUUGCA